AUGUUUCUGCGGCGGAUCCUAAGCGGCGGGGGCGGGCUGGCGGCCAUGCGCUCUGCGCGGGCGGUGAAGGAGACGACGGGGAUCGUGGGUCUGGACGUGGUCCCCGAGGCGCGGGAUGUGCUCAUCGGGCUCUACACGCGCACCCUCAAGGAGAUCGAGGCCGUCCCCAAGGACGAGGGCUACCGCAAGGCCGUCGAGUCCUUCACCCGCUACCGCCUCCAGAUCUGCCAGGAGGAGGAGGACUGGAAGCGCAUCGAGGACCGCCUCGGCUGCGGCCAGGUCGAGGAGCUCAUCGAGGAGGCCGAGGACGAGCUUAAGCUCAUCGGCAAGAUGAUCGAGUGGGAUCCCUGGGGUGUUCCUGAUGACUACGAAUGCGAGGUGAUUGAAGAUGACACACCUAUUCCCAAGCAUGUUCCGCAGCACCGGCCCGUUGCACUACCUGAGGAGUUCUUCAAGACAUUAGAUGCCAUCAAAUCAGAUCCAGCUCUGCAGGGCGACUCUCCUCCGCAAGUGAAGUCAUGA